GUCACGUGACACUGCACCAAAAGCCUCACUAAAGUCGAGAUCUACCAGUCCCCGCUCCCCAUCCACAAGGCUGUUUCCCUGUCAAAGGAGGCCAGUGGGUUAGUUCAACAUGAUUUGUUCUUGACUGAUCACCUGAUUACCUUCUAGCUGCUUACAAACUGAUUGAUUAUUUGCUCCAUUAUCUUUCUGAGGCCCACCAAUAAGCUGACAGGUCCCUAGCCCCCAGUUUACAGCAAGGUACUGUAUUUGCUGAUAUAUCACUUGGGGCUAAAUAUUUCCCACACUUACCAGACCAGAACUAUUCGCACUCCAGACGGACAUUAGCAAUUGUAUUUAGAAGCUUUCUGCCAAUUUGGAUUUGACGGCACCUGGCCUUUCGUGUGUUUACGGGUUUUCCUGACUGGAUGCCCAAUAUCAUUUAAACGUUACAUGAUCUAGAAAACCUGCCCCAUGGCCAGCUGCUGCAUCCCCCCAACUCAUUACUAAGACCCCUUGUUAAAUCUGGCUGGAGCCUCCAAUGCCUGUGAGGGGCAGGUCACUUGCCCCUGGCCCCAGCGCCUGGUGCUGGCCGUGGGGGGUGCCAUGCUGGCGGAGGCUGUGGACGGCUGAGGAAAAGCGGCCAGAGGGUCUGGGUGUGCAGGGUGGCAGAUAGUGUGGGCAGGAGAACACGGCCACGUGGAGUGGGUCUCGGGGCCAGCAGCCAGCAGCUCCCCUAGUGGAGGGGAUGUGAGUCCCAGUCCAGCUCUCCCCCCGGGCAGUGGGGCCUGGCACCCAGGCCUCCUGCGAGCUGUACCUGGCUCGUCCCUUCCCCUCCGUAGUAAGGUGGCACUGCCAGCCUGGCAAACAGGGGAGCUGGCCCUAGUCUUACAGGGGAACCAGCAGCUUCUCCCCAUUUCUGACCCCCCCCCCCCACACACACACCUUUCUUGCCCCCCAGGCCUUGCUGAAGUGCCCCAGACCCCGCCACUCACUCGCUGUGGAGGGGAAGCCCAGGGCAGCCUGGCGAGCUCCCCAGGAGCUAGAAAAGGCCCUGGCGGUGCCCAAGGGAGACCUCCAGCCACGCUUCAGCAGCAGGAACAGCUCAGGGAGCCCGACACCAGAGCUCCCAGGACCCAGCGUGGCCCUUGGGCACAGUCAGGCAGGGGGUGGGGUGACCCUUGAGCCCAGAGGUGACCGGGAUCGCCCAGACACAGCGCCACCCUCUGGCCACUCCCUAAACACCUGUGCCACAGCUGGGCAGCCGUCAGCCCCCCUGCUGCCACCCACAGACACCUUACCACAGGCCAGCCCAGCUCCUGGAGGCGUCAGUGGGCCUGGGGCUCUGCCCCCCGCAACGGUCCAGCACCGCCCGGCAGGGCCCCAGAGCACGCCCCACCUGCAAGAGCGCCCUGGGCAGCUGGGAUGCUUGUGUCCCAGCGGGGAGCAGCCCCACACCGUGGCCCAGCAGGGAGCCAUGCCGGAGGGGCAGGCCCCACACGCCUACGUGCCCACGCCCCGCACGGAGGAAGCGGCCUGGGCCGCCAGCGCCCUGACCUUCCUGCUGGUGGUGCCGACACUCGCCGUCCUGUACACCCGGCUCCACCGCACGUUCCGCAAGAGCCAGAGCCUCUAUUGGGCCCCAGGCGACGCGGGGCAGGAGCCCCUCUCCGCUCGUCUCCAGAGGCGGCUCCUGUCGGCCCACAGCAGACCCAAGAAGGGGCAGCGGCCCCAGCAGCCACGGCUGCUGCUCCAGGGGGCACCGAGUGAGAGCGCCGACGAGCUGGGGGCCGGCUCUGACCCCCCCUCUGGCCCCCGGCCCAGCUCCCCGGAGAGGGGCAGGGGCCCGCACCCGCAGCUCACGCUUUCUGCUGAAUAA